AUGCCGCCUGCAGCCCCGCCUAAUUCGAAACAGACCGGAGCAAGUAAAGUUCAAGGUAACUUUACAGAUCGGGGUCAUAUUACUUUUCAACCGCCGGUGUAUAUAAAAAGCACACAAUGCCUCGCUGUGUGGCAGAAAUGCUCUCCCCUGUCGCUGAUGCAUAGCUCCACAAGCGCCGUUUCCUGCCACGGCAGGGCCGUCCCACGGGACGCGUUUGGCUCUAUGGAUAGCGAUAUCCCAGCUGAGAAAUUUGGGAAAUGUCAGUGUGAGCCACACCGUGCCGACAGCAUCCUGUACCAGAUCCUUAAGAAAGAGCACGCAGGUGAGACCAAGUGGCACCAGCAGUAUCAUGGUCCCCACCGCUCCACGGGAAGCCGAGGCUGCUCUUGCGUGGACAGGAGAAGAGUUGUCCUGAAAACUCCAGAAGCCACGUGCAGAAGAGCUUCCGAAGUGCUCUUGAAGACUUUAACUUUUAUUAGAAACCUGCCUUCUUUUUAUCACGUGCCUUGGGAGGAUCAGGUUGUCCUCAUACAGCAGAACUGGGCCCCUCUUUUUGUCCUGGGCCUAGCACAAGAAGGGGUGGAUUUUGACCUGAGAGAGAUUUCAGCCCCUAGCUUAUUGAAAAGAAUCCUCCUCAAUCAGUCUUUGACAGCUAGCAAUGAACUGGGCAGCUCGGCACUGGGAGCAUCUUUAGCAGAAGUUCAGAAGUUGAAGAAUUUGUUGUGGAAAUUCUGGGACCUGGACAUAAGUGCAAAAGAAUAUGCCUAUCUUAAAGGAAUUAUUCUUUUUAAUCCUGGCCCACCAAAACUGGCUGAGGCAAAGGGGAAGGACCAGGCACGGAGCAGUCCAGAGCUGGGUUAUGAGUUGGAGUUCAACAACACUGGCCGCAGCAGCACAGCUAGGCCAGUCCUUGGAGAAGCG